ACGCAGGGGUUUUGGCGGCUCAAUGUUCGAGCUUCCAGAGAACACGAUGUACCAAAUGUCGACAAACGCUCCAUAAAACGAACGGUGAUCGCUCUUAACAGCAACUUAAUCGACGUUUUCGUGAUUGCGCUACUGGCCAAUAUCAUAAACUUGAGCGAGCGCAUAAAUGGUUCCAAUUUUGGGAAAUGACAAGCUUAUUCUCAGUUUUUAAAUUUUGCAAUUUACGCAAGGAGAAAUUGCGAAUGUUUUUUCUCCAAAUAAAGCUGUAGCAGGAUUGUAAAGGUAAACAAAGAUAUACAACCUCCGUACUACAUUUGGCAACGACAAAACAAUUUCGCAAAGUUGUCAGCUGAUCACGUGCCAAUUUAACCCUGUGAAACCACUGGUGCAAAGUAAAACAAUAGCAGUUCUCAGGUGAUUUUCGAUUGGAAGUGGUAUUUGUUCGUGUUCUUGCUCAUUCUGGUUCUGUAUACUUGCGGAACACCAGUAGUUAACGAGUUUUGCUGCAUUGAGAGAUAAGCGAUCAAAACAUGGCAGCUCUUGUGGCAUCGAAUCAGACUCGUGACCAGAUGACAGAGUUCUGGAACAAACACUCUAUGGCACAGAGUGUUGAGGAGAUGAUGUUGGACAGUAAAGCUGAAACAUUGACACAGGAUGAGCAUCCUGAAGUUAUGGGAAUGCUGCCUUGUAUCAAAGGAAAAGAUGUUUUGGAACUUGGAGCAGGCAUUGGGCGCUUUACAGGAGAUAUAGCUAAGGACGCUCGUCAUGUCACUGCUGUUGAUUUCAUGCAGUCCUUCACAGACAAGAACAAGGAAGUGAAUGGAGCAAAGUUCAACAACAUAGAUUUUGUCUGUGCUGAUGUCACUAAACUUGAGCAGCCUCAUGGAAGCUAUGAUGUUAUCUUCUCCAACUGGCUCCUCAUGUACCUGUCAGAUGAAGAACUCGAAAAGCUGGCCAUGAACAUGCUCCAGUGGUUGAGGGACGAUGGAUAUCUGUUCUUCCGUGAGUCAUGCUAUCAUUCUUCAGGAGAUAUGAAAAACUCUGAAAACCCAACUGUGUACAGAACACCUCAGAUGUACACAGAUCUCUUCUCUGCUGUCAAAAAACAACUUCCUAAUGGUGAUAAUUCAGCAUUUGAAGUGGUGACUAAACGUUCAGUGGAGGCAUAUGCUAAGCACAAGCAAAACAAGCAUCAGUUUUCUUGGUUGUGGAAGAAGGUAUCUUUUAAGAAUGGAAGCAAAGGGACCUUGCAAGAAUUUCUUGAUAACAACCAGUACAACAAGUCAGGCAUCCUCAUGUAUGAAAGAGUAUUUGGUCAAGGCUUUGUAAGUCCUGGAGGAAUGACAACAACAAAGGAAUUUGUUGGGCAACUAAACCUACAGAGAGAUCAGGAAGUGUUGGACGUUGGGUGUGGCAUAGGCGGGAGUGCUUUCUACAUGGCCAAUACAUACCAUGCUCAUGUUCUUGGCCUUGAUCUGUCCACAAAUAUGAUCAACUUUGCACUUCAAGCAUAUGAAAACUCGAAAAGCAGUCAGGUGCAAUUUGAAGUGAGUGAUGCCACCAAACGGGAAUUCCCUGCUGAAAGGUUUGACGCAGUUUACAGCAGAGAAACAAUUCUUCAUAUAGAGGACAAAAAAGCCCUUUUCCAGAAGAUUCUGAGGUGGCUCAAGCCUGGAGGACAGUUACUGAUAACAGACUACUGUUGUAGUCCUGGCAAACACUCGGAGCAGUUUAAAAAGUACCUGCAAGAACGCCAAUAUUUCUUGAUUGAUGUCAAAAGCUAUGGACAGAUUUUGCAAGAAGUUGGUUUUGAGGCAGUAACAGCUGAAGAUAGAACGGCACAGUUUGGGCAGAUCAUAGAGAGUGAACUGAAGAACUUUGAGCAAUCUAAAGACAAGUUUGUAAAGGAUUUCUCCAGCGAGGACUACAGUUCAAUAGUGAGUAGCUGGACAAACAAACUGUCCAGGUGUAGAGGUGGUGAACAGACUUGGGGAGUAUUCUACGCCAGGAAACCAGUCAGCUCAUAACAAGAGCCUCUUGUGCUGGUAUUUCCAAGUAACAAGCUCCACUCCUGCAUGAUGGUGCAUCGCAUUGUUAAUUUUGUACAAUGUACUGCAGCUGUGAUGUUCUUUUUUGUAAUAACAACAGCAUCAAGGCCGAGGAGUUCGCUAAACAUAUGCCAAGUCUCGUGUACUCUUAACAGAUGCUCUAUUGAAGAACAAUUUGCAUUACCCAGAAACAUUGAAUGAGGUUGAUUAUUUAGGAGAGCAAUAAGGUGCAAACAAGUGACGAAAGUUGGUUUAAAUUAAGCCAAGAAAAUGAAACAAUGAUAAAUUCCAAUAUCUCACAUCCCAUUUUACAGUAAACUGCAUAAAGAGGGUUUUUCAAGGAUAGACAGACUGAAAAAACUUCUGUAAACCUUGUUUUGAUAUUAUUUAUAGCGGAUUAAGAGUCGACCUUUGCAGACAAAUUUCAGAAAAAUAUUUUUAUACUAAGUACAGAUAAGAAGUGCAUUUCACUGGUAGGUGGUCAAGUCCUAGAGUUUUUAAUAUAAAGCACUUUUCCAUAUCCUUUUAGUUGUUGUUGCUAUUUCAAUGUGAACACAAGCUUUAGAGUGAUUGUAUAUCCAAGCAAAGAAAAUUGUAAAAUAAAUAUGUAUUCGGUUUGAGUGCUUCAA